UCUCCGAGCGACCGCGCUAAAUCUGGCCGCGCUUUCCAUGCAGCAGCAGGCUCCGCGCCUGGGGUCUCCCCGCCGGGAGCUACCAUGUCCUUCUCGGUUCCCAGUGCUGGUGUGACCGAAAAGGACAAGAGCCACGUGGGGUCGGAGAACACCUACAUCCUGAGACCCAUCUUCCAACAAAGGUUCCGACCCUCUACGGUGAAAGAAUGCAUCCACACCAUACUCAAGGAAGAAUUAGCAACCGCUCAGUAUGAGCCAAGUGAAAUGCCUGCCCUCACAAAGUUUUUGUCAGAGAGCAUCAAAAAUAAAUUAAAAGAAAUGGGAUUUGACCGAUAUAAAAUGGUGGUGCAAGUAGUGAUUGGAGAACAAAGAGGCGAAGGAGUAAAUAUGGCUGCUCGGUGUUUCUGGGAUGCAGACACAGACAACUACACUCACGAUGUUUUUAUGAAUUGCUCCGCUAGUGACGCGGCGCUUGAGGGAGCUCUCGAGGCCGAGGGGAGUGCGAGCGGCUCGCACGGAAGCAGGCAGGCAGACGAGAGUAGCGGGCCGCGUAGGUUAGAGAAAAUGGAUGCACCAUGUUCAACCAAAUUGAAUUCAAGGAAGAGGAGGAGGGAACUGACUGGACCCAAUGGGGCAACAGAAGAAGAUGGGAUUCUUGCCAAAAUACCUCGCUGCUCAGUUGGCUUAAAGGAGCCAGCCCCAUUUUCAGAUGAAAUUGAAAUUGACUACAGUAAGCCCUAUGUCAGAGUAACUAUGGACGAGGCCAGGAGAGGGACUCCUUGUGAGCGACCUGUAAGGGUUUAUGCUGAUGGCAUAUUUGACUUAUUUCACUCUGGUCAUGCCCGGGCCCUGAUGCAAGCCAAGAACCUAUUCCCUAACACAUACCUUAUUGUGGGAGUUUGCAGUGAUGAGCUGACACACAAUUUCAAGGGCUUCACGGUGAUGAAUGAAAAUGAACGCUAUGAUGCAGUUCAGCACUGCCGCUACGUAGAUGAGGUGGUGAGGAACGCCCCCUGGACACUAACACCUGAAUUCCUGGCAGAACAUCGGAUUGACUUUGUAGCCCAUGAUGACAUCCCCUAUUCUUCUGCAGGGAGUGAUGAUGUUUACAAACACAUUAAAGAAGCAGGCAUGUUCGUGCCAACACAGAGGACAGAGGGUAUAUCCACAUCAGACAUCAUCACCCGCAUUGUUCGGGACUAUGACGUAUAUGCAAGGCGGAACCUACAACGGGGAUACACUGCCAAGGAACUCAAUGUCAGCUUCAUCAAUGAGAAGAAAUAUAACUUACAGGAACGUGUAGACAAAGUAAAGAAGAAGGUAAAAGAUGUAGAGGAGAAGUCAAAGGAGUUUGUGCAGAAGGUGGAGGAGAAAAGCAUUGACCUCAUUCAGAAGUGGGAGGAGAAAUCCCGAGAAUUCAUUGGAAACUUCCUGGAGAUGUUUGGCCCAGAAGGAGCAUUGAAACACAUGCUGAAGGAAGGAAAAGGCCGGAUGCUUCAAGCCAUCAGUCCCAAGCAGAGCCCAAGCAACAGCCCCACUCGUGAACGUUCCCCUUCUCCCUCCUUUCGAUGGCCCUUCUCUGGCAAGACUUCUCCACCCUCCUCCCCAUCAAACCUCUCGGUACACAAGGCUGUUCAGUAUGACAUAAGUGAAGAUGAUGAAGAGGACUAAUUUGCCAUCCCAUUUCCCUUCUUCCUUUCUCUGUCCUUAUCACCUCCAACUGUCUUUUGAAAUCCAAAUUGUCAAUUCCAACACUAAACUCAAGGACAGUUGUAGGCAAGGGAAGGAGGACUGGGGACAGAGAUGAAAAUAGCCUGUCCUCCAAAAGGCAUCACCUUGAGAAACAGAGGAGGGACUGCCUUAGAAGCCUCUCUUCUAUUCCCCUGCACCAGCCUCCGCGAGGACAUUGCUUUACUGUUUGCAUUCAGAUAAUCCUGAAGGGAAAAUAAUAGUUUUUAUUAAUUAAAAAAAUAGCCUUUUAAAUGUAGUAAGUGGAGCCCCAGCCAAGAGAGGAAAAAGAUAGUAUUGUUCCCAGAGGCCUUUUUUUUCCCAUUAAUUCACUCUAAUUUUAUUUCUGCUCUGAAGCAGACCAACUUGCCAAGUCCUUACACCUGAUGUGAGCCAUGCCAGAUGUGGCUUAGGGAAAAUGAUGUGAACUUCUUUAUAAUUUGAUUUCCAUUUUUUAUGUUAUUUUUUGAAGGCAAAGCUGACCUCCCAAAGUCACAAAUACCCUAAGCUCGUUGCUGGCAAAUGUGCUGAGGUGUAGUAGGGAGCUCUCAGAGGAAGGUCUCUGGGUCUGUCUCUUUUCACUCCUUGAGGUGGGUCUGCUGGAAAUAUGCUACCAUUGUGAUCCCUGAGGACAAUGGGUAGAGGGAUAAUUCAUCAAGCAGUUUCCCUGAAAUUUUAAUCUUUUCAGAAACUCAUUUCCAGUUUACCAAGCUGCCUAGGAGCCCUUGGUGGGCUUUUGCCUCUUUCUCUCUAUGGACUGCUUUUAGCGCACAGAGCAUACUGUGAUAUUUGUGUAGGUGUGCACUCACAUGUACACGUUCAUAUGCAAACUCAGCUUAUAAACUGAAUUCCAGUGUGGAAACAGUCUUGUACCCAACUAUUCCCAUAUCUAGGACUUUACCUUGCUUCUACCAAAAAGGAUACCACUGCAAGUGUUUGGAGGCUUUCAGUGUGUUCUUUUAAUCCAUGUUCCCAUGCCCACAUUUAAUGAUUGUAGAAGAAUCCUCAGAGUUUGGGAACAGAGUCAAGGACUUGCCUCCCUUUCUCUAACCGUAGCCGCACUCUCUAAUUUCUUUUGCUCAGAACUUUCUUAACCUGGGUCAGUUCUCUCAGUCUCUUCCGCUGUUCUGAGAGACAGAGCAGACAGGAACUCUUCACCCAUAUUCCUUUCCCAGAGGUGAGACCUGAGUUAGGUGCAGACCUCCCUCUCCCCUCCAGCCACCGUUCGCCUGGGCCUGGCUCAGCCUUCGGGAGUGUACCACUUCUCUCCUGCAGGUCCCAAGAAAUGCAGAUGCUUAAGGCUGUGCCGCUGCUGCUGCUGCGCAUGUGCCUCUUUCUUAGCUUCACCAUCCUGCCUCCUCAACCCAAUGACCAGCAGAGCCGCCACUACCUACCCCAGUGCUCGUGUAGUGGGCUCGAUGAGAAGACUGCAUAUGUCUGACUCUGCUCGGUUGCUCAUCAGUGCCCCUUGUGGGGGUGGAGUUUUAGUGUUUUCAGCUACGAAAACCACAAAUUGCUUUCUGUGUUUGUCCAUGUGUUGGGGCCGUUUGCCUCCCAUGGCCUCCCGCAUGAACACUUUCUAAUAAAACCUGUUUUUUGUGCCUGCUAGAUGACAAGUAAUUGUCACAGGAUUUACACUGUACCUACCCAGCAAGGCAGCUAGAAUUCUUAAGAUUUGAGCUGCCUGGAGAGGCUGCUGACAUAUCAAAGUGAAGGAAGUGAAUAGAGGGAGACUGCCUCUGGAUUCCCCAGUCAUUGGCUUAUGGAAACUGUGUUUCUGAUGAAGCGCCAUUUUUAUUCUGGAGCCUUUUGGUUCUAAUGAGCUUUGGUUUGGGAUCCUCUGAAACAUUUAAGAUAAUUUCUUCCCUUGUUAUGCUGCUUCAUGGCUUCAUUUGAUCAAGUGUUAAUUUAACUUUUUUGUUUUGACCAGGCGGGCUUCCCUUAUUAGUGAUGCUGUUUUUAUCUAGGACAUUCUUUCUGGUACAGAUUUUUCAUUUUCUCAGGCUGUGUGUUUGAAGGCUGGUGGUGGGGAAGGUAAAGGUAUUACUGCUGAAAUUUGUCCCCAAGGUCUUUUAUGGUACAUCCUUUGGAAUGUCCUUAGUAUCUUGAUUUACAAUUUCUUCUCUCUUAAGAUGUGUAUUUACAAAGAGAAACCCUCAGAAUAUGAUUUUUCCUACUUUAGUUCACCAGAAGUAUAUUAACUUGGGGGUUUUAGCAGAUAAGACUUGCUCCUCUGUACCAAUGACUGGUGGGAUAACUCUAUUUGGAUAUGCCUCAUCCUUAGCAAGUAACCUUUAGGCAAGUUGUUUAGCCACAGAAUUGUUAAGCCCAAGUUUGUGUUCAGCACUACCUUUUGACCUGUCUCAGGUAGACAUCAUCCAAACACAAACAGCUUUUCAUGAUGUCAAGUCCUUUUGUAGCCAGGGCUCUUUGUUUGGAUACCUUAAAGUCUAUAUUUCAACAUCUUUGCGCCUCGGCAAAGAGGAAACCAAGAAAGGAAAAUAGCUGAUACCACUGGAAUGAUGCAUCUUUGACUGUUUACCUAAUUAAAUUAAAUUAGAGGGGAGAGCCCUCUGUGCCAUGAUUACCCCUUUGUUCUAUAAAGGUACAGGGCUGUUUCUCAGUGUCUUUGGGUCAGUGAAAGCAGUCAGCCUAAAUGGGAUGGAUAAGGUGGACAUAGCAUAGCCUCAACAGAAGGAUUAGAGCUAGGUAAUGGUCUGCAGGUGAGAAAGAGAUGUUUGUGGCAGUUCUAUAGAUGCCAUGAGACUGACAUUAAGGAUGGUCAUUUUAGUAGUGGCCUCACUGUGGACUGGACAGAACAUCUACUUUCUCCUUUGGCAAAGUCUUCAGUCACCACAGCAAUGAGGAAAUGAGGUGUGGGAAUUUACAUGAGAAAAUAGAAGGGGUUUGUUUCUCUUCCUGCAGCCUCUCCUGGGAGGUCAAAAAGCAGACCAUGACUGAAGGCUCAGGUGAAAAUGUGAACAAGAGGUUUCUGUAAACUAUGGAGAGAGGAAAAAAACACAAAAAUAAAGGGAAGGAUCUAUACACAUCAUUAAUAAAGAGAUUGGGUAACUUCUUUCUCUGCCACAAGAACACCAUUGCUUGUACCAUAAUUACAUUUUUUCUUUCUUUGCCUGGGGCCAAGCACCUAGUAAGUAGCAUUGAUGAAGGCUCAUCUCCAUAGUACUUCUUCACAGUAUUUUGUUCUUCCAUCUUUUGAUUAUCUUGAUCUGAGUAUGACUUCCUCUAUAAAGGAGUUUGAUGCUUUUAGGACCUCACCUUUGGAUCUAUUCCCCAUAAUCUCUUCAACUCAACUACAUUUGCAUUUUUCUUCUAUCAAAAGCCAUAGCUCUCAAGAAUUUUCUCUGUACACAGUAUCAUAGGGAGCCUGACCAAUGCAAAUGGAAAAAAAGAAAAAAGAUGGAUGUUUUGUAAGUAAUUGUAUUUUUUUUAACUCAUCAAUAUAAGUAUUUAUAAGAAUCUAUAUUUUUCAGUCAUACCACAAUGAUUUGUACUUUUUUUCUUCUCUUGGAGAACAGGUUGUCAUGGGAUAAAGAAUGGUCCCUCCUAGCUGUUAUUUUUCCAUAUUAAUAAAUGGAACAUGGUCUUGGGGUAAUGAUAUUAAAAUACUAAUUUCUUUUAAAAAACCACAGCAUUUUCUUUCUGCCAAAGUCUUAUGUAGGUUUAUACUUGGCAGAGACAGGAAGAUCAAAAGAGAGAGCAUCUGUUUUACAUUAGGUUCUAAAUUGAAAUGACUCAGGUGAAGUUCAUUCAGAUUGAAUGUGGGCCUUCUUGACCCCGUAACAAAGAUGUGUCAUCUUAGAUUGUUGUGGGGUUGAGGCUCCUGGGGGAAAGGAAUUGUCUUGAAAAGAAGCGCAGGUCUUGGCAUGAAUGUUAACUUCGUUAGUUAUGCCGUCGAGUCCAAAGGAAAGUUUUCCUCUGUUGGUGUUUAGUCUAUCAGUUUCCGUCUGUGUGUUGUUAAUCUGUUCAGAGUUGUUUUGGCUUUUGUCAUUUAGCCAAAUAAAUGCAAAGUGAUUUUAACCAA